AGUCAGAUGCAACAGUGGGACUUAAUAUUGAGAACAGCUGUGGAUCCGCAGGAGAGCCACUACUGUCCGCUUUGCAUGUGAGCAACGAGCCGAAGUGGACCAGAGGGCAGAAAGAGGUGACACCUCCACCCCUCAGCAGGCCCAUGAAAGGGCACCACGUGAACCAGAGCCUGUCCCAGCAGGCCUCCAGUUCAUGCCACUGUGUGUUAGGGGACCAGCGUGGCCAUCUUCAGCGCCCAGGAGAGGGCGCAAUCCCCCAUGCUCAAGCCGUCCUGUUACCCAGUGACUCCUGCCAUAAAUGUCUGCCAUCCUCGCGGCAAGUGCAUCAAGGUCUGCCGAGCCAGCUGGAUGUAUUCUAUCCAGAUGGAUUUCGUACGCUACAGUACCACCGGUCAACCUGCAGGGCACAGCGCAGUGAGAGCCCCAACCGCAUUCGCCAUUUGGUUCAUUCUGUCCAGCGUCUUUUCAACAAGUCACACUCCGUGGAGGACAGUGCAACACGGAUUGAUUACAACUACCCAGGCCCCGAGCACCAGGAUAGGGUUUCUAGAGGUCAUGCGGUCAGGUCCAGCCAGGAGCUUGGCCAUAGUGAGGGUCACUGUGCUGCAUCUCAGCCUGCUCUGCGAUCCAGUCGACGUAGUAGGAGCCAUGAGCGCAACAAAAACAAAGACCAUCACCAGGACAAGGACCUGGGCUUCUUCAGCUCUGAUGGCAACAUAGAUGAUGAUAGUAGAGGGUCCCAUGGGGUCUCCCGGGGUUGCCAAACCUUGGACAGGGAGGUGAGGUUAAGAACCCCCAAAGGAGGGUGCCUGGUCUGCAGCAGCAUGGCUCUCUGUAAAGAGGCCAGACCUUCUGCCUAUGGAGAUGUCUGGACCUCUGCAAAAGUCAGUCAGGCACAAGAACUCCCCAGAGCAACCAAUGAGAAGCUGCUGGAAAGUCACACACAUACCAGAACAAGCAAUGACAAGCAACUGGGAAGUCACACACACCCCAGAACAACCAGUGAGAAGCUACUGGGAAAUCACACACACCCCAGUUCAGCAAAUGAUAAGCUACUGGAAAGUCAUACACAUCCAAAGGCAACGAAUGACAAGCUACAGGAAAGUCACACACACUCCAUGACAGCCAAUGACAAGCUAAUGAGAGGUCACGAACACCCCAGGGCAGCCAAUGACAAGCUAAUGGGAGGUCACGAACACCCCAGGGCAGCCAAUGACAAGCUAAUGGGAGGUCACCCACACCCCAGGGCAGCCAAUGACAAGCUAAUGGGAGCGCAGAUUGUGUGGGUGUGUGUGCUCUAA